UAUCUUGAUUGUCUCGCUAGCAGUAAGAGUGAUAAACACAAUGAGGGUUUUCAUGCAGAAACUGGGGCUCUCCUUGUUAUGGAUUUCACUCUUCCAAGGUUGGGUGGCCCAAUCUUUAGAAUAUGAUUAUACAGCGAGUAUUGAGUGCCUUCGCGAUCCGCUGAAGCCGCUCUACAAUGGCGGCAUCAUCCAGAACGGCGAGUUCAACAGCGGCCUCAUGGGCUGGUCCACGCACCGCGACAUCAAGGCAGGCGUGAGCAGCUCGCCGUCCGGCAACAAGUUCGCCGUGGUGGAGGGCGCCGCCUCCCUGUCCGGCGCCGACGCCGCCGUGCCGUCGCGCAGCGUCUACCAGAGGAUCCGGCUGCAGCGCGACACCCACUACUCGUUGUCCGCGUGGUUGCAGGUGUCGGCCGGAUCGGCGCACGUGAAGGCGUUCGUCCGGACACCCAACGGCGAGCGUGUCGUCGCCGGCAGCGUCGCCGCGCAGUCGGGGUGCUGGAGCAUGCUCAAGGGCGGUAUGACCGCCUACUCCUCCGGCCCAGGCGAGAUCUUCUUCGAGAGCGACGCGCCGGUGGACAUCUGGGUGGACAACGUCGCGCUGCAGCCGUUCAUGUUCGACGAGUGGGACGCGCACCGGCAGCAGUCCGCCGGCAAGGCCAGGAGGAGCACCGUCAGGGUGGUCGCCCGCGGCGCCGAUGGCGCCCCGAUGGCGAACGCCACGGUGAUCAUCGAGCUGCUCCGGAGCGGGUUCCCGUUCGGCAACACGAUGACCAAGGAGAUCAUCGACCUGCCCGCGUACGAGAAGUGGUUCACGUCGCGCUUCACCGUGGCCACGUUCGAGAACGAGAUGAAGUGGUACAGCACCGAGUGGACGCAGAACAACGAGGACUACCGCGUCCCCGACGCCAUGCUCAAGCUCGCCCAAAAAUACAACAUCAAGGUUCGUGGGCACAACGUGUUCUGGAACGACCAGAACUCGCAGAUGAAGUGGGUGAAGCCGCUGAACCUGAACCAGCUGAAGGCGGCGAUGCAGAAGCGGCUCAAGUCGGUGGUGACGCGGUACGCCGGCAAGGUGAUCCACUGGGACGUGGUGAACGAGAACCUGCACUUCAACUACUUCGAGGGGAAGCUGGGGCCGAACGCGUCGCCGAUGAUCUACCAGCAGGUGGGGCAGAUCGACCGGAACGCCAUCCUGUUCAUGAACGAGUUCAACACGCUGGAGCAGCCCGGCGACCCCAACCCGGUGCCCAGCAAGUACAUCGCCAAGAUGAAGCAGAUCCAGGGCUACGCCGGCAAUGGCGGCCUCAAGCUCGGCGUCGGCCUCGAGAGCCACUUCUCCACGCCCAACAUCCCGUACAUGAGGAGCGCCCUCGACACGCUCGCGCAGCUCAAGCUGCCCAUGUGGCUCACCGAGGUCGACGUCGUCAAGGGACCCAACCAGGUGAAGUACCUUGAGCAAGUGCUGAGGGAAGGGUACGCGCACCCGUCGGUGAACGGGAUGAUAAUGUGGGCGGCUUGGCACGCCAAGGGGUGCUACGUGAUGUGCCUGACGGACAACAACUUCAAGAACCUCCCCGUCGGCAACCUCGUCGACAAGCUCAUCGCCGAGUGGAAGACCCACAAGACGGCGGCGACCACGGGCGCCGACGGCGCCGUCGAGCUCGACCUCCCCCACGGCGACUACAACCUCACGGUGAGCCACCCGUCGCUGGGGACGAAGGCCGCCGCCUCCCACGCCAUGACGGUGGACGCGGCGUCGUCGGCGUCGGAGCACCACAUCGUCAUCGAGGUGUAGCGAGUGAUGUAGCACUUUUGGUUGACAAAUUUUGUGCAUUUUUAUUUGUUUUUUUCUUUCUUUGUGAAUAAUUGGAUCACUUGGUCCAGCGAUUUUAUAUGUCAGUUACAGCCAGGCCCACGGCAUUAGCA